AUGGCGGUCGCGGCGGAUUCUGCCGCCGAUCAAGACCCAAACCCUGUACCCGACGAGGCCGCGGGCGAAUCCGUCGAGGCACCCGCGUACCCUGACCACGGGGAACCCAAUGCGGAUGCUGCUGACGUGGAGUACGAGGAUGAAGAGGAGGAGCUGGACGGGGAGGCGGCGGAAGCAGCGGCGAGAGAGAAGGUGGAGGCGGUGUUCCGGCGGCUGUCGGAAGACCCCGUUGGCAUCCGCGUCCACGACGUUAUCAUCAAAGGCAACACCAAGACCCGCGACGCGCUCAUCGAGGCGGAGGUCGUGGGGCUCAUCCGCUCCGCCGCCACCGUGCAGGACCUGGUGCGCACCGCCAGCGUCGCCAACGCGCGGCUCAGGCGCCUCGACGUGUUCGACUCCGUCCACAUCCUCCUGGAUGCUGGCCCUCCCGAGCUGCCCGGCACCACUAACGUCGUAAUCGAAGUCGUCGAGGCCGCUAACCCCAUCAAUGGAAGCGUCGGCUGCUUCUCCAAGCCGGAGGCAAGGUCAUGGACAGUUGAAGGAUCAGUCAGAUGGAAGAACAUAUUUGGUUAUGGCGACAUCUGGGAUGCUUCGGGAGCAUAUGGGUGGGACCAGUCAUCAGAGAUAGGCAUUGGAGUAUCCUUGCCAAGAUUUAGAUCGAUACCAACCCCCUUGACUGCUCGGGCAUCACUGUUGUCUCAUGACUGGCUGAAAUUCUCAUCAUACAAGGAACGCCUGGUUGGCCUAUCCUUUGGUUUGCUUUCAGGCGUGCACCAUGAUUUGUCUUACAAUCUGACUUGGCGUACCUUGACUGAUCCUUCACAAGAGGCAUCACAAUCCAUAAGAAGACAGUUAGGACAUAACCUUCUUUCUGCAUUAAGAUAUACAUAUACAAUAGAUCAAAGGGAUUCCAAUCUCAGGCCAACCAAGGGAUAUGCAUUUGUCUCAACUUCACAAGUUGGUGGUCUAUGGGGCAGCAAAGGAUUGAGAUUCUUCCGCCAGGAGUUUGAUAUUCGUGGGGCUGUUCCAUUGGGCUUUUACAAUGCUGCCCUAAAUGCUGGCAUCUCAGCAGGGGUGAUUGUACCAUUGGGGAGGGGGUUUAUGGAAUCACCUUCAUCUGUACCAGAUAGAUUUUUCCUGGGAGGCCAUUCUUCUCCAGUAAUCAGUCUUGGUAGUUUAACUUCUCUACUGGGUUUCAAAACAAGAGGAGUUGGGCCAACAGAACUACGGAGAUUUGUCCCAAGUGAAUCUGUUACAGAUGAAUCUGCAGCCUCUCCAGGAUGGGAUUAUUUGGGAGGUGAUUUUGCAGUUUCUGCAUUUGCUGAUCUAUCCUUUAAUUUGCCCUUAAAGUUAUUCCAGGAUGCUGGCAUACAUGGCCAUGCAUUCCUAACUGCUGGAAAUCUUGCCAAGUUGUCCGAGGGUGAGUUCAGAAAUUUCUCAUUUUCCAAGUUUGGGCGCACACUUAGGAGCUCAGCUGGUGUUGGCAUUAUCUUACCCACUAAGCUUCUCCGUGUGGAGAUAAACUACUGUCAUAUACUGAAGCAGUUUGAGCACGACCGUGGAAAGACUGGGAUUCAGUUCAGUUUCUCGUCUCCAAUGUAG